AUGAAUGCCUACGCUCCACCCAAGCACCACACUCUUUAUGUGAGCCCGUUGGCGAAAGGCUCGUCCCGAGUGAUUGCCGGCAAGCAGCCCCUCUCCCCUAGAGCCCUCAGUAUCCACAACAAGGCCGAACAGGUCCCAUUCUCACUCAUCCUGCCCAGCCAGAUGGAGCAACAUAUGAUACGCUAUCAGUUUUCUUCACGCAAGGCCAAGUUCUGGUCUACCUUUUCCACUGGCAUGGAACGGGGUCGACCGCGUCAUGCCGCCCGCCAGUGGAAAUUUGCGAUGAGAAACUUUAUAUGA